AUGGCAGAACAGGAACCCCUCUCCAAGUCGGCACUCAAGAAGCUCGAGAAGGAGCGCGAGAAGGCCGCCAAGAAGCUCGAGCGACAGGCCAAAGAGGCCCAGGAGAAGGCGAGCAGGGAGGCCACACAGACCGACUAUGCCCUCCAGAACUACGGCAAAACACCACUCAACAUGAGCCAGGAACGCAGCCACCUCACGUGGGCCAGGAUCGCCGAGCUCAAGCCCGAGAUGGUCGGCCAACGCGUCCGGAUCCAGGCCAGAGUACACAACUCCCGAUCACAGAGUAAACACCAUCGAUCAUCCAUCACACACCCGAAAAAUCUGACUGUUGAUGAUGGUGUCCAGACACCGGUCAACCAAGCGAUCUUCAGGGUGCAAUCGCGCGUAUGCAACCUGUUCCGCCGCUUCCUAGACGACGAGGGGUUCAUCGAGAUCCACACGCCCAAGAUCCAGGGCGCGGCGACGGAGUCCGGCGCGAGCGUCUUCAAGCUGGGCUACUUCGAGCAGACCGCCUUCCUGGCCCAGUCGCCCCAGCUGGCCAAGCAGAUGGCCAUCGCCGCCGACUUCGAGCGCGUCUACGAGAUCGGCCCCGUCUUCCGGGCCGAGAACUCGAACACAUAUCGUCACAUGACCGAGUUCAUCGGGCUUGAUCUCGAGAUGGCCAUCAACGAACACUACCACGAGGCCGUCGACCUGCUCGACAGACUCUUCCUGUCCAUCUUCAAAGGUCUCCAGGCCUCCUCCGCCCCGGAGAUCCAGACCAUCAAGUCCCAGCACCCCCUCGACGACUUCACCUUCCUCGAUCAGACCCUCCGCUUGUCCCACAAGGAGGCCGUCCAGAUCCUCAUCGACAACGGCAUCGACAUCCAGCUCGGCCAGGAUAUGGGCACCGAGCAGGAACGCAUCCUCGGCAAACUCAUCAAGGAAAAGUAUCACACCGAUUACUACAUAAUCGAUAAGUUCCCAUUAGCCAUCCGACCCUUCUACACGAUGCCAGACCCGGUCGAUCCAACGUUGAGUAACAGCUACGAUUUCUUCAUGAGAGGCGAAGAGAUAAUCUCGGGCGCCCAGCGGAUCCACGACCCGGAGCUCCUGACGGCCCGGAUGAAAGAAGCGGGGAUCGACCCGGCGCAGAUGAAGGGAUAUCUGGACGGGUUCAGGCUGGCUUGUCCGGCCCACGCCGGCGGCGGGAUCGGCCUCGAGCGCGUCGUCAUGCUCUUCUUCGGCCUCGGCAAUAUCCGCAAGGCUUGCUUGUUCCCCAGAGACCCCAAGAGACUCCAUCCCUGA